CCUUUGUAAAGGCUUCAUUUGACUACUUUCUAACUAAUCUUUACAUUCAUUUUAGAAAGUAUGUACAUUAUCAAAAGCUGCCAAAGCUGUAUUUUAUUUAAAUCUGGUUAGCAUGAGGUUUUGAGUCUGAGCUGUAAAUCUCUGUCUGGUGACAAAGUUCUAAUAGUUUCCAUGUGUGCUCUAAAAUAAGUUUUUUUAUUUUAUUAUUUUGUUUGAAAAGCAAUCAUUUAAAUUGUAUCUAUACAUGAAGUGUGAUCCUCGUUUCUAGACUUCAAGGGAUUCAACGUCUGUUUUUGACACCAACCAAAUUAGAAAUACAUCUGUCGGCUGGUUGGAUUUAGCUUUGGGAGUUGACAGCCUUUCAGGAAAGAUUGCACAGAGCCAUUUAGCCACAGUAUCCCUCAACGCCAAGUUUGAUUGGCUGUCAUUCACUUUCACAAGAAGAGAAAAUGCACCUGUCAAAGUUAUUUUGAUGUUCUCUCGAAUGUUUUGCAUGCUUUAUUUUCUCCCCCUCAGUCUCACCCCCUCCCUCCUGCUCUGUUAUGUACUUUGAGGGAGCUGUGAAAUAGACAUUAUAAAUAGUGGUCAUGGGUUGUGUAUAUUUAGCCACGCAAACAGCUUCUGAAACCAGUGUGGUUUGUCUGAGAGGACUGUCAUUGCAGAGUUGGUAGCUUGCUCUGUCUCACACUUUAUGUCGUCUUUGUAGAGAGCUCCUGUAUAGGACGUCACUGGAGAAACAGAAGCUGAGUCUUAUGGGGGAGGUCUCUUACUUGAAACUGAAGCUGUCAGACAUGGAGGGAAAGCAGGGCCAUGGAGUGGAGAGGCAGCACAAAGCAGAGACUGUAGUGAAUUUCAUUAGUGAGCUGCAGGAGCAGAUGUGUCAGUUUCAGAAGGAGAUCAAUAGCAAGAUCCAGGAGAAAAAGGCCUUCGAGUUCCUGACUGACAGCAAGUUUCCAAUGGUGUGCCCCUCUGAAUCCAAUGAAGGACAGAGUAAACACCCUGGGUUGCCCUGGGAAGGACGCUCAGAGGCGAUGCAGGAACUAGAGGAGGAUUCUGGCAGACCUGUUGGGAACACUCACAACCUGACUGAGGGUAGCUCAGAGCACCGGUGCCACUGCGGAGGAGAAAGUAUUUUACUUAAAGAACUUCAGAUUCUAAAGGACAAAGUUCAGCAUCUGGAGGAUCUAAAGCAACAAUAUGAAAAGAAACUCAAAGCAACCAAGACAGAGAUCAGCAGUCUACAGCAACUUCUGCUCAAUAAGAAYGCUGAGAUUGAGAACUUGCAAACUCAGUUACUGGCCAGAUCCUCUGUGACCCCAGAGAGCACAGAGAGAGAUCAAGAACUGCAGAGACUUCGGAGUGGAAUGAAGUCCUUGGUCAUUGCCAAUGAAGAAAAGGACCGUCGUAUAGAGGAGCUGACUCUGCUCUUGAAUCAGUGCAGGCAGUUCAGAGAAGUUACUCACACUUCAAGGCAAGCUUUGUCUGUUGUUCGCUCGUUGACGAAUGGUUGGACUCCAUCAAGCAGCAGUGAAGAAGAAGAACAAGGAUUCUUGAAGAAUGCUGACUCUUCCAGUGCAAAAUCAGACGAUGUGAAGUCUGAAGUUUCAACAAAUAGUUCUUCUUCCCAACAAAUAUCUCUUCCGUCAAUCCAAAAAGAAAGUGAUUCCAGACCAGAGCUUCAGACAUUAUCAAGCAGUAUGAAUGACAUAACAAGUGGACAUUUGCCAAAGAAUGACCUGGAUGACAGUAGGAGUCAUACUCUGCCCAUAAAUUCCUCAUUGUUGGAACAAAAUGGGAUGGAAGACAGUAGUGCUGAAAUACAGAGUCAAAAAUCCCCCGACAGUAGUGAAAAUGGAGACUGCAUCCAAAGAAAGUUGGAGAAAACCGAUGACAGCACAUCCAGUGAUAAUUCACCGGUUCAUUGUGAGGCACUUGCACAGCCAGGCCAGAGAGCUGUGGGUUCUCCAGAAUACAUGAAGAAUAACAGAAGCUUUAAGAAGCUUUGGGGGAAGCUUCGAAGAACCCAGUCUGGAGGUUUCCAAGCUGCAGAUCCAGAUGUUGGACAGUUCAGAAGAGGGGGCUUGCGUGCGACAGCAGGACCCAGACUUACCCGAACCCCUGAAUCCGACUCGACUCGUGAUAUGAACAUCCCAUUCAGCCAGUGGACCAGGGAGCAGGUGUGUGGCUGGCUAGAGGACUAUGGACUCGGCCAGUAYAUUAACCUUGCCAGACAGUGGGUUGAAAAUGGGCAAACAAUUCUGUCUGCCACACCUCAGGAUUUUGAAAAGGAGAURGGCAUGAAGCAUCCGCUUCACAGGAAGAAGCUGCAGCUCGCUCUGAGGGCAUUUACCACUAAAGUUAUAGAGAAGUCUUCAGAGCUGGACCACAUCUGGGUGACACGUUGGUUGGAUGAUAUUGGAUUGCCUCAGUAUAAAGACCAUUUUCAUGAAGCCCGUGUAGAUGGUCGAAUGAUACAAUACCUCACUGUGAAUGAUUUAUUGACUCUAAAGGUCACCAGCCAGCUUCACCAUCUCAGUAUUAAAUGUGCCAUUCAUGUCCUUCAUGCCAAUAAGUUCAACSCAAACUGUCUUCGACGUAGGCCAGGAGAAGAGAAACAACCGUCUCCUUCCGAAGUAGUCCAGUGGUCAAACCAUCGUGUCAUGGAAUGGCUUAGAGCCGUUGAUCUUGCAGAGUUUGCUCCUAAUCUAAGAGGAAGUGGUGUUCAUGGUGGCCUGGUGAUUCUGGAACCUCGCUUUAGUGCAGAGACUUUGGCACUACUCUUAAAUAUUCCUCCACAGAAGACGUUGCUCCGACGUCAUCUUGCCACUGCUUUUGCUACUCUGGUUGGACCUCUAGCUAUGCAGGAGAAACGAGAGUAUGGAAACGCCACAGGCCACAUGCCCCUAACCACCACAGCUAAAGUUAAACCAAAAAAGUUGGGCUUUACUCAGUUCAGUCACCUGAGGAAGAGGAAACCUGAUGAAGCUGCAGACUACAUCUGCCCAGUCGACAGUGGAGCACUAACAAUGAAUGGAGUUUCUCGUUUGCUCUCUCCAACACACAGAAGUCCUAGCUCUCCUGUGGACAGACAAGUUGAGAAGUGAGAGCUAAUGGCUGUAAAAGCCUUAAAUGAAACAUUAUUACAAUAUUUAAAUAAGAACGUUGAAACUCACUCACACUAUCACUCAAAAUGUGACAAAAUCAGAAGAUAAUGAUUUUUAAUUUCUACUUAAAGUCAUCCAUAAAGAGCUUUUCUGAAUGAGUUAGAGGAUGCUGUUUUUGCAUUAAAUUGCAUUUAUUCAUGUGUUUUUAAUCAGAUGUUGCUUGAAGAUUUUCAUCUUGUGGAUGAAAUGAUUUGAAACAUUGUGUGAAUUGUUUUGAAAGCUGCUCCCUGCAUUCCUUAAAACAAUAAAUUUCCAAAGACUACCCUUUUUGCUUCAAAACAAUGCAGUUUAUAAAUAUUUUGUACUUUGUAUUCCGUUGAUUUUUUAUUGUAUAUCAGAACAUUUGUGUACAGUACAAUAAGUGACUAUGGUUACUUUAUUGUUUUUAAUUUUCUGAAUUUUGAUUCUAGAAAAUGCACUUAGUAUUUGAACCUUUAAAUAAAACUUGUUUGUAAAGGUA